UUCGCCUCGGGAUUCAACAUGCUCUUCCUCUGCAGAGAAAGACAAACAAGAGUAAGAAAAUCAUUCUGUGGACAUGAAAUAAUUAUUUUCUUUAACCAUUCAUUUCUAGAUUAAGCAAUUGGUCUUGAAAAGAUCAAAAGGAAAAUCCAUCCCAUCCAUUUUUUAAAAUCCAAUGACAUUUUUUUAAAGACUGAACCCCAAAGAUUAUUAAUUGAAUAAUAUGUAAAAGCAGAAAUCUACAUAUUUGAGUCGCUGAAUACACACAGUUUCGUAUCAGAAUGUAAUUGUAUGCAUCUUUGACUCACCGCCACUUCCUCCAGGUUGUGGUGAUCGUUGACGGACAGACCGUUGAGCUGCUGCUGCAGCUGCCCCACCCCCUGGUUGUUGAGGUCACGUGAAGGGAUGAACCAAUCCUGGUCCUCCUCUUCCAACAUUUCCUGGAAGCAGCGCUCCAAGAACUCCUGCUCCAAGAGCUCCUCUUCCACCUGGAGGGGGGGCAGAGGGAGAGAAAAAUAAAAUAGAAAGAUGAGUGUCGUGAUUGGUGGGCAAAAGAGCAAGGGGAGGAAUGAAGGAGAGUAAUUGUACGACAAGUGGGUUAAAGGUCCUAUAAAGAGGAAUCCUCUCUGUAAUGUAGUGGCAAUUGAUUCAUUCAAGCGAGCAAGAGAAAAGGUUGAGAUAGAGAAAGAGAAAUGGAGGGUGGGGGACUCCAAAAAAGCAAAUUAAAAUGCAAGUAUUUAUAGAGGAAGGCCUCAGUGAGUGAAGAGACAGGAGGAAGGAAGGGGAGGGGGCUGAGUUUGGUAAGACGCAGCAGGACACGUAGGAAGGGGCAGCACAGCAAGAAGAAGAAGAGUAAGUGUUAGGUUGAGAGGUCGAUGAUAAGUAACGCAAUGCAUUUUGGAAAAACACAAAAUAGCGCAGACACCAAGUAAAAACAAAUACGAGUGGAAUGAAACUACGAAGGACCUCUCAAGUUCUCAAUCUCCAAUAAUGGAAUAUUAAGAAUUGUCCAUGGUAUAAGCACUCGCCUGUCUGUUAUACUCCUCUUCGUUCUCCAUCCACAUGUACUCAGCGAAGGGGUUGGCGUCGCUGCCCUCUCCUGCGUGCCCAUUGGCCACCGGCUCCUUCCCCUCCUUCCCUGGAGCUCCGCCUCCCGGUGUCUUGGCCACCUCUGGACCACUCAUCUCUGCCGGCUCUGCACGACAACACAGCAAACAGCUAGCAUCCCCCUUCCCUCCACCAAUAACAACAGACUCACCAACUUAAAGUGCUCACAGGGGGAAUCGGCAAACCAGCUGUCGGGGGAAAACGUCUCUUUUCCGGUCCCGGACGUCACAGGAAAACCACACAGUAAACCAAUUAUUCUAUUAAUCUCCAAUUUGCUAAAUAAACACGUGUCUCCUUUUACAGUUUGUUUGCGGUUUUGUCUUAAAAAAAAAAAGAGAGAUCCACGGUUUCUCUGCCGAAACGUCGAGGGGGAAAAACGUUGUGUCGUGGGUCGGCGUUUGUCCAGCUGUAUAGCUCGGACAUUGGCUGAAAUCUACGUCAGUCAACGCUUCCUAGUGAUGCUAUUCGUCCAGACGACCACACGCCCCGUCCACCACAUUUCACGUGUUGGAGGGAGAACAAGAUGUGUGCAAGAAUUAAAGGUUACACAAGGACUUCCAGGGUCCCAGAGAUAAUAUGGAAUUCAUGAGAGGAAUGCCGGCAGGGGUUCCUUCCUGUCAGCUGACUCCAUUACUUCCUGCGUUGGGUUUCCUGCGUCUGGACCUCCAAGGAGAAGGGGAUUUGAAUUUUGGGAAAUCUGCUUGCAUGUGGGAAAGUCUUAGGGAUUUUGGGAGAAGCAUCCUCUUGUAUCCAGUCCCAGUUUCCUCCUGUUCCUCCCCAUCUCCCUGGCUGGAAACGGUCUCCAAACUUUGUACGGCGGAUUUUUUGGAGAGGCAACAAAGGAUAGAGGGUUGCAACAGCAUAGAAAGAGACCCUGGCUCCUGUAAAGAUGGCUGACGAGGUGCAGCCUGACCCCGGCAGCCUGCAGAUACCCGGUGAUAAUUCAUCAACCCCUUCAUCGCCAGCCACAGCUCGAAAUGACUGCAGCAUCACACCCCUCACACCCUCUCCCUCACCGCGGGUGGAGGUCAGACCCCGGAUGUCCUGUCCUUUCUCAGUUGUCGUGGCGAUAGAUUUUGGGACGACCUCCAGUGGCUACGCGUUCAGCUUCACGCAGGACUCGGAAGCCAUACACAUGAUGAAGCGCUGGGAGGGCGGCGACCCCGGGGUGGCCAAUCAGAAGAGCCCGACAUGUCUGCUUCUCACCCCUGAAUUGAAGUUCCACAGUUUUGGGUUUGCGGCCCGGGACUUUUAUCAUGACCUGGACCCGGAGGAGGCCCGGCACUGGCUCUACUUUGAUAAGUUCAAGAUGAAGAUCCACAGCACAAGUGACCUCACCAUGGAGACAGAGCUGGAGGCAGUCAACGGGCGGAGGGUCAGGGCCAUCGAGGUGUUUGCUCAUGCCCUGCACUUCUUCAGGGAACAUGCUUUAAAGGAGGUGAAGGAGCAGUCGUCAUCAGUGCUGGAGGGAGAGGAGAUCCGAUGGGUGAUCACCGUCCCCGCUGUGUGGAGACAGCCUGCCAAACAGUUCAUGAGAGAGGCUGCAUACCUGGCUGGUCUUGUGUCUCCUGAUUGUCCGGAGCAGCUCCUCAUCGCUCUGGAGCCCGAGGCUGCGUCCAUUUACUGCCGCAAGCUCCGCCUCCACCAGGUGCUCGACCUGAGCUUGCAGCCAAUCACAAACGGCUUCGACCUGGAAGGCUCCCGGCCCUUCGACUCCAGCUUCAGACAAGCGAGGGAGCAGCUGAGGCGAUCCAGACACAGCAGGACCUUCCUGGUGGAGAGUGGAACCGGAGAGUUGUGGUCUGAGCUGCAGACCGGGGACAGGUAUAUCGUUGCAGACUGUGGAGGAGGAACCGUGGACCUGACGGUGCAUCAGAUCGAGCAGCCGCAGGGAACACUCAAAGAGCUCUACAAGGCUUCAGGAGGUCCACACGGUGCCGUCGGAGUCGACCUGGCCUUCGAAGCCAUGCUGUGCCAGAUCUUCGGAGAGGACUUCAUCCAGAGCUUCAAGUCCAAGCGCCCGGCAGCCUGGGUGGACCUCACCAUCGCGUUUGAGGCGAGGAAACGCACAGCGGCGCCGGGCAGAGCCAACGCCCUCAACAUCUCCCUGCCUUUCUCUUUCAUCGACUUCUACAAGAGACACAGGGGGCAGAGUGUGGAGGCUGCCCUGAGGAGGAGCAAUAUGAACAUCGUGAAGUGGUCGUCCCAGGGGAUGCUGCGGCUCACACAGGAAGCCAUGAACGAGCUCUUUCAGCCCACCAUCGGCAAUAUAGUCAAACACAUCGAGGCGCUGAUGGCAAAGCCGGAGUUGCAAGGCGUGCGUUUCCUCUUUCUGGUCGGUGGAUUUGCCGAGUCGCCCAUGCUGCAGAAGGCAGUCCAGAGAGCAGUUGGGCGGAAGUGUCGCAUCAUCAUCCCCCAUGACGUUGGGCUGACCAUACUGAAAGGCGCCGUGCUCUUCGGGCUGGAUCCCACCGUGGUCAGAGUGCGUCGAUGCCCCCUGAUCUACGGCGUUGGCGUCUUGAACCGCUUCGUGGAGGGACGCCACCCUCGUGACAAACUCCUCAUCAAGGACGGCCGCGAGUGGUGCACAGACAUCCUCGACCGCUUCGUCUGCGUGGACCAAUCGGUGGCUCUGGGCGAGGUGGUGAGGCGCAGCUACACGCCGGCUCGCCUGGGGCAGCGGAAGAUCAUCAUCAACAUCUACUGCAGCCCCACAGAGGAGGUCACCUACAUCUCCGACCCAGGGGUCAGGAAGUGCGGGACGAUAACUCUAGACCUACCAGAGCCGCUUCCCCUACCGGGAGCAGUGGGAGGAGCCGGAGGAGGAGGACCGGAGAGGAGAGAGAUCAGAGCCACCAUGCAGUUCGGAGACACAGAGAUCAAAGUCACAGCAGUUGAUGUCAUGUCUAACCGCUCCGUCCGGGCUUCCAUAGACUUCCUGUCUAAUUGAGGAGGAGCACGAAGAGGAGAACAGGAAAAAACUCAUUCUUGGGAGGAUAAUUGUAGAAUAUUAAGCGGUACUUUGGGAGUGGGAGACAUUGUUUUCUAUUUGGACUAUGCAUUCACAUCCUGAAAUUCAGACAUUUAUGCUUUACAUUUACUCAGAGUAGAAGAUAAACAUUUAUUCAAACUUAGCCUUCUUUUAAAACGAGUAAGCAUCUCCUGAACUUUAGGGUAGCACCCUUAUUUAAGCUAGUGGAGGACACAUCCCUUCUCCAAUGAACAGAUGCCUUCUAAUAAUUCAACCUGUCCGUAUUAUGCUACCUAGAGUGAGACUUACUCACAUUACAUUUUGUAUGAACAUUCUUCCCUUUUCCCUCAUAAUGAAUCACACAGGGAUGUCAAAGGGGCCCGAUGAUACCUCAUUCAUACUUUUCCGUCCAUAUACGAGCCAUUGACUACAACUACCUGGACUGCCGCUUUGUUCCUGAUGCGACUGUGGUCCACCUAGUGGUGGAAGACUGAACUACAGGCUUAAAAUCAUCUGGGAAGCCGCACUUAACGACCCUUACAAGGAAGGACUGUGGCAUUAUUGCAAGAUGUGCAAGUUACUCAGACCUUACAUCACCAUUCAGGUGUAAUGUUUAGUGUUGGACAUCUUUCACUAGGACAGGACACAGAAACAUGUCUUGAGUAAACUUGUCUUUAAAUACGAGUCAGCUCCUUAAGGGGCUUAAGCCUUGAUCAUGCUGGGUCACAUUAAAUGUGUCUUAAUGUUCUGUGUAAUAAACUGUACUGUUAUGCAUGCAAGUAAAAGACUACAAACCACA